ACGAGUAGAGAAAACCUCGUGAUAAGAAUCGUGUGUCACAUACUCAAAAUUGAAUAUGGUUUAAGGAUUAUCCAUUUUGGAGACUCCAUACCUCAUUUCCUCCUAAACAAUUUUAUUUUAAGAUGAAUUUCUAAGAAUGAGCGCAAUAUGCCCAUAUCCAAGAUAAGAAGACAGGAGUUAUAUAACAUAAGGAUAUUUAAGAAACUGAAACUGAGCUUCAACGAUCACUUUAUGAAUUUUAAGCAAAAUGUUGAGUAUGUGGAUUUUGAUGUUUAGUUUAUUGCACUGCACUUAUGUCACUGCAUUGACAUUUAAACGUGAUGAUCAUCCAGAAUAUAGGCUUUUUGAAAAACUUUUCAAUGAAAAUGUAAGCGAGUACCAUCCGAAUGUACGACCAACAAUUGAUUAUCACAAACCCAUCACUGUCAAUGUUUCCGUCAACUUAGUGACGCUGCACUCUUUAAUAGAGAGGUCCCAGACACUUCGGACCACUGUGUGGAUCGACUUGGAAUGGACAGACAUGCACAUGGCUUGGAACCACAGCCACUUUGCGCAUAUUGACUCAAUUGUUGUUCCGGAAGAAAAACUCUGGGUACCCGAUGUAUGCAUUGCAAAUGAAGUUACUAACAACAAGUGUUUGAUAAAAUCAGAGAAAGGAAAAUCACUGCUGGAAUAUACCGGCAAAGUCACGCUGUGGUGGAAUAGAGAGGUGCAGACGAGAUGUGAUGUGGAUAUUAGCCGAUAUCCUUUUGACAGUCAAAUGUGUUCCAUUCGUAUUGGAACCUGGUACUCCGAGGAUGAGAAAGUUAAGCUAACACCAAAGUUCAAUAACAUAGAUUUUAGUAAUUACGUCCUUAGUGAAGAAUGGGAUAUUGUUGACUCAAAUAUUAAAACAGAUCUCAUAGUAAACGACAAAAAUUUUACUGAGCUGGAGUUCUUCAUUGUGAUGGACAGAAAGCCCUUAUUUUAUUUGUAUAGUACUGUACUGCCAAUUCUUCUAUUAUCGGUUUUAAAUAUGGUUUGCUUUCUUGUUCCAAUUGGGUCCGGUGAAAAAAUAGGCAUGACAAUGGCAAUAUUUCUAACGUUCGCCGUAUUCAUGACUUUAAUAAGUUCCACAGUUCCUAGAUCUUCUGAACACGUGUUUAAAUUCGGAAUUUUCAUGACUAUGCACCUUGUGAUGAGUGGCAUUACGAUACUCCUAGAGGUAUUUGUAAGUUUUAUUUACUAUAAACCAAAAGGAACAAAAAUGAACAGGGUGUAUACUUGGAUAUUAAAUCGUUCCAUUUCAAAUGACAAAAAUGACAACGAAACAAGAAGUUCAUUGCAAUCAAACGACAGUGAAACGAUGAUGUGUUUCGGUUGUGAGACAGAUUCUUGGCAAAAAUUAGCUUUAGAACUGGACAAAGUGUUUGGUUAUAUUGUGACUAUAAUCAACGCCUUGUUGAUAGUUCUGUUUUUUGUUACUGUAAAUAUAGAAUGAUUUGUGAACGAAUGACCAUUCAAUAUGAAAAUCUUAUGUUAGAAUAUUUUUAAGAUAUUAGUGCAGACAGAAAUUGAAUGAAAUUGUGAUUUUAAAACCAUAUCGAAAUUACGAAAAUAUAUUUAAAUAAUGCCUAUAAGAUUCUAGAGUUCUGUGAUGUAACAGGGCAAUUAAGGGAUAAAACAUCAGGCUUCCAGAAUUAAUAUAAUUUAUUUAGAGGAAAUAAAACUUGAAUAUUUGU